AUGAACUUCGCCUUCAACCCCGAUGAAUUCUUAGAACCACAGAGCGGAGAAUAUCAUGCGAGCACGUUCCUGGUGAAGGACUGUGUUGGGCCGGGGAUCGCCCCGCAGUGCAGCCCCUGCGUGCCCGGCCGCUCCUUCAACCCGAGUCACCACCACCGGCCCCACUGCGAGAGCUGCCGGCUCUGCCACUCGGGGCUUCUCCUCCGCAACUGCACGCCCACGGCCAACACGGAGUGCGCCUGCCCCGGGGGGCUGCGGUGCAGGGAUGAGACGUGUUCGGAGUGUGACCCUCCUCCCCCACCCCUGCUGGCCACGCGUCCAUCUCAGGCUCCAACCCAGAGCCCGAAAACCCCCCACCGGCCUGAGGUCAAAAACACGCCAGAGGCCAGGACGCCCCCCGAGAGGGUGCAGAGUCCCGCUAACGCCAGACAGCAGGAAUCCGGGGGACCCUGGCUGGGCGUCAGAGCAGCUCCUGAGGCCAGGGCCUCCAGGUCGCUGUGCAGCUCCGACUGCAUCCGCAUCUUCGUGGUCUUCUCUGGAAUAUUCCUGGCUUGCACCCUGGUCGGAGCCCUGUUCUGCCAUCAACGAAGACAAUCUAGGCUAAGCAAAGAACGGGGUCCCGGGGCGGCGCCUGCGGAGCCGGAUCCUCACUGCUGCCCCCGGGAGGAGGAGGGCAGCGCCUUCCCGAUCCAGGAGGAUUACCGCAAACCCGAGCCCGCGUCCGGCCCCUGAGCCCCCGCGCCCUGCCCAGGGACCCCCACCAUCCGCAGCUCCAGCCCACCGCCGCGGGAACGAGACCUGGAGCCCACCACCACCACCACCACCACCACCACCAUUUCAGGCUCCCUCCCAUCUCUCUCGGACCCCGUUGCUGUGGACAGACGAGAAAGCACCCCCUUUUUCCUGGGGUGCGCAGAGAAGUGGACACGGAGCAGGAGGCGGAGCAUGGGAGACCGGGAAACCGGUUCCUUCCUCCAGCCUCACCACCCCCCGCCGGCCCGCGGGAACUCUGAGCCCAGGGCUGGGCUGGGCUGACACCCACUUGCAGCCGAGGUCUCCCCGGAUCUCUGUUAUCAUUGACCUAGAA